GCUUUGCGUGGCAGCUUGGGUCAAGGCUCCAACUCCUCCCGGGCGAAAGCGCAGCAAACUCUGGAGAAGAUUUUCAGCUCUCACCAACGCGACGUACAGCUAGUUCAAGGGCUCGGCCAGAGCUUCCAUGCCUGCACGGCAGAGCUGCUCGAGAGGACCGGGCUGGCUGUCCAAAAACUUUUCACCCUUUCCAAGCGCCCCCGGUCGGAAUGCGGAUCAAGCCCCUGUCCAAGUGGCGUUCGCGAGUCGUACUGCGCCGAGACGAGCAUAGCAUGCGGGACGACAGACUGCUCUAGCACGUCUGGCGGAGAGCAUUGCGAAAUCUGGACUAUUGGGAAUUCAUCUGGUGAGCUAGCAUCAACAACGGCAAAGACACAAGGCUGUGACACCAGGCCGCAGCUUUUUGAAGGCUUGUGUGCUCAUUACGCGGACGUGACGUCGUCGUGUGAGCUCUUCGAAGCCUGUUGGAAGGCCGCAGAGCUCCACGUUCUUGCGACUGUAGAAGCGGUGCAGCUCAGCGUGUCGAGAAGGAAAUGCGCGUAUACUGCAACAAAGCGGACGAUAUGCCACAUCGACAUCAUUUCAGACGUGGCCACUUUUGCUGCGGCACAUUCCGCAUCCGAACCGUCCACUGCUUCCAUAAAGAACUGUACUGAAUUGAGUGUGGACACCUCCAUACUCAACAUCACAUUUCCGCAGGACAGAACCCAGAAAGCUUCGUGUGAUCAGUCUGCUUGUUUUCUGAGCACCGACAGCGUCCUCACCAUGUCCUGUGACCUGGUCCCACAGAAGUCCCCUCAUGCUUUUGCUCUUUCAAAUUUCGGGGGCCUCCAUAGUCACUCAAGGCUACGCUUACUUGCAAGAGGUUGCUGCGGGAACCUGGUAUAA